AUGUUCGGCGAAGGUAUCUUCAGUUGGUUCAAGUCCUCCAACAAGGAGUCGGCCCCGGAGGCCACCUGGGACCCCAACACCAUCACCAUGACCCAGCCCCAAAGCCCUGCUGGUCCUACCACCGAGGUCGUUACCGGCCAACCUACACCAAACAACACCAUGAGCCUGCGUGGUGGUGGUCCUCCCCCUGGACCUGGCGGUGACGAUUGCUGCUGCUGCCUCGACUGCUUCUGCUGCUGCGGUGACUGCUGUGGUCCUGACGGUCCCCCUGGUGGCUUCGGUGGCCCUGGUGGUCCUGGAGGCCCCGGCGGCCCUGGUGGCGGCCCUGGCGGACCCCCUGGCCCCGGUGGCCCCGGUGGUUGGUAA